GCAGCUGCGCACCCGAGCGAAGAAAAAACCGGCGCAGUAGGAAACGUCGAGCGCAGCGAUGCCUGCCCAUCUCGCCCCGGAGACGUACCCCGCAAAUUUCUCCACUGCCUUUCCUCACGUGGCCCAGAAUGGGGUGGCUAACACGGAGAAGGAUCGUCCCAACAUAGAGAAGGACCAUCCCGUGUAUGAAGACUUGGGAGCUGGGAGAGGUAUGACAGAUGACAUUUUUGAUGAGACCUAUCGUGAGAAAACGGGCCCCAAGCCUGCCAUGAUCUACGUCUGGAGGAACAUCAUCCUCAUGGGACUACUCCACCUAGCUGCCCUGUAUGCCAUUUUCAUCAUUCCUGCCACAAAGUUCGCCACCUUGCUGUGGGCAUUUGUGUGCUUCCUCAUAAGCGGUUUGGGAAUCACAGCUGGAGCACACCGUCUUUGGAGUCAUCGGUCUUACAAAGCCAGCUUGCCUCUCCGGAUCGGCUUGGCUAUUGCCAACUCCAUGGCUUUUCAGAAUGAUAUUUAUGAGUGGGCCAGAGACCACCGUGCCCACCACAAAUUCUCCGAAACAGACGCAGAUCCCCACAAUGCAAGUCGGGGCUUUUUCUUCUCCCAUGUCGGCUGGCUGCUGGUACGCAAACACCCAGACGUCAUCGAGAAGGGCAAGAAAUUGGACCUGUCUGACCUGGAGGCGGACAAAGUUGUGAUGUUCCAGAGAAGGCACUACAAGAUUUCGUUGGUGAUUAUGUGCUUCUUUCUGCCUACCUUUGUGCCUUGGUACUUCUGGGGAGAAACCUUUUGGAACAGCUUCUUAGUGGCCGCCAUCCUCCGCUACGCCAUCAUCCUUAACAGCACGUGGCUGGUGAACAGCGCUGCCCACAUGUAUGGCAAUCGGCCCUACGAUCAACGCAUCAAUCCCCGGGAAAACCACUUCGUUGUCUUUGGAGCUUUAGGUGAAGGCUUCCACAACUACCAUCACACCUUCCCCUUUGACUACUCCACCAGUGAGUAUGGCUGGCGGUGGAACUUCACCACAAGUUUCAUCGAUCUUAUGUGCUACCUCGGCUUGGCGAGUGACUGCAAAAGAGUAGACAAGGCAACUGUGCUGGCACGGAAAAUUCGGACUGGGGACGGUAGCCACAAGACUGGUUGAAGGCCCGCGCCCUCCCCAUCCCAUGCUCCUGACCGCCUUCUCAUCCUACAAAGAGCCUGGGCAGAAGAUUAAUGUUCCAUUCACUAACUACCAAGCAAAGCUAUCAGGAUGCUUUAAGGUGAUGACUCUAACCCCCUGCAGCUCUCCCUUCUGAACCAAUGUAUUGAGACCUCUAGCUUUCUCUUCAGUGGUCUAAGGGAUGCCUUUCUCUGAGUCUCCCAGGAGAAAAAUGUCUUUUCUGGGUGGAUGUGUAUGCGUGUUUGAGUGUGUGUUUCAGUGUCCCUUUUCUCAUUAAGAGCUGGUAGAGCAUCCUGUGCCAGCUGACAUCUCUGUAGCCAAUCAGAGGGUUGAACUAUCCCCCAAUAUGGCUGCACCAAAGCCGGGGACUUCUUUCCACAGCAAUAGCAGUAGUGGAUGCUUGACGAAGGGCCAGCUGUCUAGCUUUUGAAGCUGGAAAGCUGUCCGUUCUCUCUCUCUCUCUC